AUGUCGAAGCGAUCGGCAGAGGAAACGGCCGGUGGUGCCAGCGGUACGGUCGGUGGUGCUGCAGGCACAGGUGGCGCUGGUGGCCUGCAACCACCGAUCAAGAAGGUACACUUCGAACCACACCUUAUCGGACCGAUUUCCACGCUGGAAGAGUUGGACAUCAAGGUGCUGAAGUUCCAAAACAAAAAGCUGGCCCAGCGGAUCGAGCAGCGGAUACGAUGCGAAUCGGAACUACGGUCACGUAUAGAGCAGCUGGAAAAACGUCAAACACAGGACGACGCCGUACUAAAUGUGGUGAAUCGCUACUGGAAUCAGCUGAAUGAAGACAUUCGCGUACUGCUGCAACGUUUCGAUGCGGAAACAGCUGACGAAUCGGAAAACAAAAAUGAGAACGAGGUGACGACCUCUUUUCUCAUGCAGCUAUCGACCUGGGACAAAGAAGAGCUCGACGACAAGCUGGCGAAUCGGGUGCAGGUUUCGAAGCGUGCCGUGGCCAAAAUCGUGCAGGUAUUCGACCGGUUAAUGCAGCGUAACGAGAAGCUGAUGCUGGCGAUGAAGGGUGAAUCGGAGGACGGCAAAUCGCCGGCCAUGGCACCGCCCGACCUGGACGAAUCCCUGCGCCAAACGUACAUUGAUGUGAUGGCGGAGAAUCGUAACCUGCAGACACAGAACACGCUGCUGCAUGAAAAGUUUCACACAAUAUCGUUGAAAAUGAGCGAGUACCAGGACAUGCUGAACGGCAAGGAAACGGAAGCGGCCGAACUACGCAACCAGAUUGACGAUCUGCAGUACGAGCUGGAGAAGGUGAGGUGUCGUAACGAUAAGCUCGAGAACCACCUUGCCGAGGCGAUCGAGAAGUUGAAAGCGUAUCAUCAACUGCACGGAGGUGAUCCGCUAAGUGGUGGCGCAGGUAGCGGUGAUUCCGGGCGACAAUCUUCCUCGGCCGGCGGUGGGUCGAGAGGAUCCGGCUCAAUGACGAGUGUAGCCGCCCAGCACCUGGAAGAUCUGCAAAAAGAGCUAGAGGAAUACAAGGAACUAUCGAACAACCGGUUGCAGGAACUUGACAAACUGCAUUUGCAGCACCGCGAAGCCCUAAAAGAGGUGGAGAAGUUAAAAAUGGACAUUCGACAGCUGCCGGAAUCGGUAAUUGUCGAGACGACCGAGUACAAGUGCUUGCAGUCACAGUUCUCGGUGCUGUAUAACGAAUCGAUGCAGAUCAAAACGCUGCUAGACGAGAGCCGGAAUCAACUGCAAUCGAGUAAGAACCAGCACCUGCGCCAGAUCGAGAUGAUGGAAAGUGAGGAGCUGAUAGCGCAGAAGCGGGUCCGCAGCGACAUGAUCCAGAUGGAGGACGUCAUGUCGCAGAUCCGGAAAGAGUACGAGAUGCUGCGGAUCGAGUUCGAACAAAACAUGGCGGCGAACGAACAGACGGCCCCGAUAAAUCACGAGAUGCGUCAUCUCAUUCUGUCGCUGCAGAAUCACAACGGUCAGUUGAAGGGUGAGGUGCAGCGCUACAAGAAAAAGUACAAAGAUGUGUCCGCGGACAACGGGAAGCUGCGGAAGGAGCUGGAGGAGCAGACGGCUAAGGUGACCAUGAUACAGGAAGCCCAUCAACAGCUGACGGAAACGAUCAAGAUGGAAAACUGUCUCUCGAUGCGGGAUGCCGGUGGUGGCGGUGCCACCGUGAAGGAGGAAUCCGGCGGCUUACUGCUCGAACGCGAUGGUCAGUGCACUAUCAAGGAGGAAGAUCCGAAUGGGUCGAUAAACUCGUGUGGCACCGGUGGACUGGGUGGAACUAGUGGCAGUGGGGGUUCCUUGACAAGGUCCGAUUCCGGCGAGGAGGGCGAAAUGGACGCGAACGGUAUCAAGCGGGAGGAGAUUAUGGGACCGGACGGGAUGAUGGUGGUAAAGAAGGAAGGAUCGACCGGUGCGGCAGGCGGUGGCGGUCUCGGGAUGGACGGGAAAGCAAAUGGGCCCGCCGACCAUCACCGGGGCGUGAAGUGUGCCGAGUCGGAUCUGGUGCGCGAGCUGCGCAAUCAGCUGAAGAAAGCUUUAAACGAUCAGAAAGAGAUGAAGCUACUGCUGGACAUGUACAAGGGUGUGCCGAAGGAGCAGCGGGACAAGGUACAACUGAUGGCGUCGGAGAAGAAAAAGUGCGCCGAAAUCGAGGACCUCAAGUGUCAGAUGAAGAAACUGCAGGAGAGUAAACGGGAAGAUCGAAAGAAGCUGGCGGAUGAGGAAGCGUUGCGGAAGAUCAAGCAACUGGAGGAGCAGAAGUACGAGCUGCAGAAGCAGGUUCAGAACCAGAAGCAACCUCCGGACAGCAGCUGGACUACCGGCUAUCGACCAUUUGAAGAAGAGGCUCUCCUGAACGAAAUGGAAGUGACCGGGCAAGCGUUCGAAGAUAUGCAGGAGCAAAACUCAAGACUGAUACAACAGUUGCGCGAAAAGGACGAUGCAAACUUUAAGCUGAUGUCCGAUCGAAUUAAAGCCAAUCAGAUGCACAAGCUGCUCAGGGAGGAAAAGCAACUACUUGAAGAUCAGGUAUCCACACGAGAUAGUCAAAUCGAAGCGAUGCACGUCGUAUUACGAAAGCUCGAGGAAAAAGAACGCAUACUGCAGAACACGGUCACCACGAUCGAGAAAGAGCUGGUCGCACGCCAGCAAGCUAUGGAGAUGCACAAGCGGAAAGCUAUCGAAUCGGCCCAGUCGGCGGCCGACCUGAAGCUACAUCUGGAGAAAUAUCACGCCCAGAUGAAGGAGGCGCAGCAGGUGGUGGCGGAAAAGACGAGUUCGCUAGAGGCGGAAGCGUACAAAACGAAACGGCUGCAGGAGGAGCUUGCCCAGUUCAAGCGCAAGGCAGAGCGCAUGAAGAAGAUCGAAAUGUCCGGCACGACGAUCGACGAGGUGAUGCUGGAGGAGAUCCGCGAGUACAAGGAAACGCUCACCUGCCCGUCCUGCAAGGUGAAACGGAAGGAUGCGGUCUUGUCCAAAUGUUUCCACGUGUUUUGCUACGACUGUCUGCGCACGAGGUACGAGACGCGCCAGCGCAAAUGCCCGAAAUGCAACUGUGCGUUUGGUGCGAACGAUUACCACCGGCUGUAUCUGUCAACGUAA